AUGGUCUCGGCCGAAGAUGUCAGUCGCCGCGGAAGUGCACUGAACGAUGAGACUUUCGAUCACGGAGUCGCAGAAGCAUCGGCCGGCAGCUGCGGCGGCAAGAGACGCAAGGAGGCAGCCGAGACGCUGUGCGAGACGGCCGGAGGAGAAGACCAACCGGUCGAAGAUGGAGGCGCAUCCGAACGAAAUUCAGAGGCAAGGCUGUGUUCUCGGAUGGCAAUAGCGACUGCCAUCGAGAGGCUUAUGAUACAGGCGAACUUCAUUUCAGGCGCGGAGAGGGAUGUGGAUCCAGCAGACCACCGAGACUGGGAUCAGUGGGCGUCUUGGUAUGGCUGCAGACCCUACAACAAGUUUGUGGUCAUGUGGCUGCUUGCUCGGGUCCAUUGA